CGGGCCGGCUCCACCUGGCAUUACUUGCUAUUCAUGACUCUUCAUUACUCAUUGGUAUCAUCAUUCUCUCCUCUCCUUCUCCCUCUUCCUCUCCCUCUCUAUGCAAGCGUCUUCUGCUGCCGCCGGUAGCGCCAGCGGACAUGCCACCACUGCUCAACAAUCCCAUCUAGACCCGUCCCUGCGACCCUUUACAGAUUCCUCGUUCGACCCGGCCGCUUUCUUGAACGAUACCCUCCCGCCCUUGACGCUGUCCAACUCCCAGCCCCAUGCUUCCAAAUCUCCAGGAGCAGUGCCCCUGACCGACCUCUCUUCCCGCAUCCAAUCCCUUCUCUCUCAGUUGGGCUCGCAGAAUGUCCGAUUGUCCGACAUACUGACCCAGCUUACCGAUGAAAUACUGCGCAGCGGCGGCAGGCUUGCAUAUGAAGUGGAAGUGUUACGAGGAGAAACAAUCAGCCUCGCAGAUGCACUGACCGAGAAUUUGUCCGAGGACAUUGUCAAAUUCGCCCCUGGGGUGGAUAGGGAAGCAUCGGCAGAGGACGAUGGAAGCGAAAAAAACGACAUUGCAGAUGGUGACGGCGACACCGUGAAAGAACCGCCUUUUAUUACACAGCUGCGAACUUUGACCAAGGUUCGCGGGCGGCUGGAAGAGGUGGUUCAAACGUUUGGAGACGCGAUGGAAUGGCCGCUUCCCCCAUCAGAGCUGUCGUUGACGUCUUCUUUCAUUUCUGUUUCCGCGCCAGAACCAGGGUCGGAAAGCUACAGUCGCGAGGAGCGAGGGCAAGAAGUCGCCAAAAAGCUACGGGCGGAAAUAUCAGAGCUACUUGAUAGCAAUGGAGGCGGAGACGCCGGGUUGGCUGCGGCCACCGAACGCCUUGAAACCCUACGCAGUCUAGGAAAUGUCUGGAAGGGCACGUCGGAAGAAAAGGCGCGCAACCGCUUUCUGGAUGGCCUGGCAAAGACUGUGGACGAUCGACGCAGGACUCUGGAAGGGCAACGGGCGAGCACGACAGGCAGGGACCAGAUCGCAGACGAGCCAGCAAGCAUCGACCACGGCGCCCCAGGAGGUGGCCUGUUUCGCAACCUCCAGCGCAUCCGCGACGAGAUGUACCUGGAGUAGUAUGCGUAUAGCCAUAAUGAGAUAGAUACACAUAGUAAUAUAAAACAACACACAACACACAACAUACAACAUACUGUAUCGCACACGUAGUAAUAUAAACAACAUACAACAUACUGUAUCACAUACAUAGUAAUAUAAAAC